AUGCAUAUGUUUUAUACAUCGAUCUCACUCUUUCUCUCUCUGUCUCUCUCUAUAUACCAACAUCCACUUAUAUACAUUAUAGACACACGUAGUGUGCAAACUCAGAUUUGAUCAAACAACUGUGUUGUGUGUGUUAGAAAGAGACUCUUGAAAUUCUUUAAUGGCAGGAGAAUCUUCAUCAAAUCUAAGCAUAAUUGUUCACAGGAAUCCUUCUGAAUCUCAUCUUUCUGAACUCGGUAUCAAAUCUUGGCCCAAGUGGGGAUGCUCACCAGGAAAGUACCAGUUGAAGUUUGAUGCACAAGAAACAUGUUAUCUACUAAAGGGGAAAGUGAAAGUGUACCUGAAAAACUCGUCGGAGAUGAUAUCGGAAUUUGGGGCCGGGGACCUUGUCAUCUUGCCAAAGGGUCUGAGUUGCACUUGGGAUGUCUCAGUUGCCGUCGAUAAACACUACAAGUUUGAAUCAUCAUCUUAAUUCUCAUCAUGGAUUUUUAAUUAUAUCCUUAAUUUUUAUGUUUAUUAUAGUUUAAUUCUUAGAUGUAUGUAUUCCUUUUUUUGUGUUUUUAUCACUAAGAUUCAAUUAUGAUUAACUUACACAAAA